GCUUCCUUGUUGACAGGGGCCGUUGGCGUGCCGGCUGAUUGACAUCCCGACGUCCCGCCUCCACUUCUACGAGUGCGAAAAAAAACAAGGCAGAAGCCGUCAAUCAGCGAGGUGGGAGCGCGAGCCCGUCACCGGGGAAACGGACGCAACCGGAGCCCGGGACUGACUGACUGUCAGUGUCAGGGCGAGUGCGGCUGGAGCUCGCCGCGUUCACUUGCUUGCAAUCAAAGAUACUAGAGGAGCUCUUUGCUUGCAAUAUUCCGGCUCGCAUUCAAGUCCCGCAUCUGCAACUCCAGCGCAUCUCUCUCAUGGAUUGGUCGAGAUAACAUCAGAGGCGCAGAAAUGUAAAUGUUGCGGCUUUUCGAUACGUUUUGUUCCUGUGUUGCGUGCUCAGAAGGAUUUCGGUUGGUGGCAGUAGUUGGUUCGUGUGCAGGAGGGACUGUCACAAUUAUAGCGGGAGGUUUGCAACACGUAUUUGGAUUUUGUUUUGCAAUUUAACAGUAUAAUUUAUAUACCAUGCACGUUGUGGACGAUCGCCGUUUCCUUUCUUUUAAUUUAAAGAAUUGAAAGUCGACCUUGCCCUGUUUAGUUUUGUUUUUGCAAGUUGUUUUUUUAACGAGAAAGCCAUGGCGGAAGGAAAGGCGGAACGCGGUGUCCCGUCCCUGGUGCCUUCGUGUUCUGUUUCGCCCUCCUGGGCCAAAAAGGAGGGAGUUGAAGCUGUGUCAAACGGAGACUGUGUGGGAGAAGAGCCGGUGACUGCAGCGGUAGGAGUCCUACCAUCAAAUCCCGGAGCAGACACAUGCACACCUUCACCAGUAACAGCACCAUCCCAAGAUGGAAAACCAGGCAUACCUCGCAGGAGCAGCAUCAUUAAGGAUGGCAGCAGGCAACGAAGAGAGAGAAAGAAAACGGUCUCCUUCAGCAGCAUGCCGACAGAGAAGAAGAUCAGUAGUGCCAGCGACUGCAUCAAUUCAAUGAUUGAUGGAUCUGAACUUAAAAAGAUUCGCUCAAAUUCCAGAGUCUAUCAUCGUUAUUUCCUUUUGGAUACAGACAUGCAAUCCCUUAGAUGGGAUCCUUCAAAAAAAGAAUCUGAUAAAGCGAAGAUUGACAUAACGUUAAUCAAGGAGGUUCGAACGGGAAGAAAUACCGAAAUGUUCCGUACCAAUGCUAUUUAUGAUCAUAUUUCAGAAGAAUGUGCGUUUUCAAUAAUAUAUGGUGAAAACUACGAGUCACUGGACCUGGUAGCUAACUCUGCAGAUGUGGCAAAUAUUUGGAUUACUGGCUUGCGGUACCUAAUCUCUUAUGGGAAGCACACACUGGAUAUGAUAGUGAGCAGUCACAAUAAUAUGCGGGCUUCGUGGCUUUCAAGUGUUUUUGCAUCAGCUGAUUCAAAGGGUAUGGGACACAUCCCAUUUAGCAAAUCUGUGCAACUUGUUAAAAGUCUAAACUCUGGGCUAAAAAAUACCAACAUCGAAUUGAAAUUCAAAGAAUUGCACAAAGCAAAAGGGAUAACAGGAACAGAUGUUACUAAAGAGGAACUUAUUGAAGUUUAUCACGAGCUUUGCACCAGACCAGAAAUAUAUUUUUUGUUAGUCCAAUUUUCAAGCAAUAAAGAAUUUCUAGAUACCAAGGACCUAAUGAGGUUUUUGGAGGCGGAGCAAGGAAUGCCACACGUUACAGAACAAGUGAGCAUGAAUAUUAUUCAGAAGUAUGAACCAUCAAGGGAAGGGCAGGAGAAAGGCUGGCUUUCCUUGGAUGGUUUUACUAAGUACCUAAUUUCACCUGAAUGCCAUAUAUUUGACCCAGAGCACAAGAAGGUUUGUCAGGAUAUGACACAGCCAGUGUCUCAUUAUUACAUUAAUGCUUCACACAACACAUACUUGAUUGAGGACCAGUUCCGAGGUCCCUCGGACAUCACAGGAUAUAUUCGUGCUCUGAAAAUGGGGUGUCGAAGUAUUGAAGUGGAUGCAUGGGAUGGCCCUGACAAUGAACCCAUCAUCUAUACAGGCCACACAAUGACAUCUCAAAUAGUCUUCCAUCGUGUUAUUGAUGCCAUUAACAAAUAUGCUUUUGUUGCAUCAGAAUACCCUUUGAUUUUAUGUCUGGAAAAUCACUGUUCAAUUAAACAACAGAAAGUGAUGAUCCAACAUAUGAAAAAGAUCUUGGGAGACAAACUGCAUACAAAACCCCCAACUGUUGACGACAGUUACUUACCCUCUCCAGAAGCCUUUAAGCACAAAAUUUUGUUAAAGGCGAAAAAGCUGCCAGAAAAUUACAUAGGUCUUGAGGGCAAUAUUACAGAUGAAGAUGAAGGAGCAGAAAUGUCAACUAGAGUGACAGAUGAGAAUACAGAUCAGCAGAAUAUAGCCCCCAAAAGAUUUCUGCUUUGCAAAGAGCUCUCUGACAUGGUGAGUCUUUGCAAAUCUGUUAUGUUUAAGGACUUCACAGAGUCACUUCAAAAUCAGAAAUUCUGGGAAUUUUGUUCAUUCAAUGAAGUAAUCGCUAAUAGACUUGCCAACGAAUACCCAAAGGACUUUGUGAAUUACAAUAAACGUUUUCUCGCCAGAAUAUAUCCAAAUCCAAUGAGGAUAGAUUCAAGCAACAUGAAUCCUCAGGACUUUUGGAAGUGUGGUUGCCAAGUAGUGGCAAUGAAUUACCAGACACCCGGUUUAAUGAUGGACCUUAACAUUGGGUGGUUCCGUCAAAAUGGGAAUUGUGGAUAUGUACUUCGACCUGCCAUCAUGAGAGACGAGGUGUCCUAUUUUAGUGCCAAUACUAAAGAUUCAGUGCCAGGUGUUUCUCCUCAAUUACUCCACAUAAAAAUCAUUAGUGGCCAAAACUUUCCAAAACCCAAAGGCUCAGGUUCUAAAGGUGAUGUUGUUGAUCCCUAUGUGUAUGUGGAGAUCCAUGGGAUACCUGCAGACUGUGCAGAACAAAGGACUAAAACCGUUAAUCAAAAUGGAGAGAACCCUAUUUUUGACGAAAGCUUUGAAUUCCAGAUUAACCUUCCGGAACUAGCAAUGGUACGGUUUGUGGUUCUGGAUGAUGACUACAUUGGAGAUGAGUUCAUUGCUCAGUAUACAAUCCCUUUUGAAUGCUUGCAAGCGGGAUACAGACAUGUGCCACUUCAGUCACUGACUGGUGACGUUCUACCAUUUGCCUCAUUAUUUGUCCAUGUGGCAAUAACUAACCGUAGAGGCGGAGGGAAACCUCACAAACGCGGUCUUUCCAUGAGGAAAGCUAAGAAGUCAAGAGAGUAUGCGAGCAUGAGAACAAUCUUGAUAAAACCUAUAGAUGAAGUAUUCAAGAAUGUUGUCCAGCAAUUACGGGAAGCAACUGAUCUUCGAGAAAACAUGCAGGUUGCAAUAGUUUCCUUCAAGGAAAUAUGUGGCGUAUCCCCAGUUUCUAAUCUAAUACAGUGCUUUAUGGCCUUGUCAACACUGCUCAACAGUGAUAACAUUCCAAUUGUGGUACUGAAUCUGAAAGAUGAUUACCCGUCAAUGGAGCCACAAGGAGUGAUCCCUGAGGUACUGAAGAAAGUCACUGCAUAUGAGGUGAUGAUUCAGACAACCAAAGCUUUACUAGAAAAUGGUGAUGGGGUAUGUGAAAAGAUAUUGCAGUGUCAAAGAGCAGCCAUGGACUUCCAUGAAAAUCUGAACAAUAUUGGAAUUAAAGAAGGCCUUAAAGGAAGAAAGCUUCAUAAAGCUAUUGAGAGCUUUACAUGGAACAUCACUAUUCUUAAGGGGCAAGCUGAUCUGCUGAAGCAUGCUAAAAUUGAAGCCUUGGACAACCUGAAGCAAAUCCAUUAUGCUGCAGUGUCUUGUGGUCUGAACAAGCCAGGCACUGGGAAUGCAGAACCGUCCAAGCCAAGGCGAAGCCUCGAGGCCAUACCUGAGAAGGAAGGUGUGGAUAUUGGAUCUGGGGACCAAGCUGCAGAAUGUCACAACAAUACAACCACUGAAAAAUCCAUCAAAGCUGCCAAAUGAAAGCAAUCACGUGUAACAUUUGGUUUGCACUUGAAAGCCUUCUCGGGUUGGUUGGUUUUAAUACUUUGGGAAUUCUAAAGCACAAUUCUGAGUCUUGGUAUAAUGUGACAAAUGGAGCAAUGAAUGUAACACUUCUCCAAGUGAAAACAUACUACUAGUGAUGGAAAAUUACUACUGCUCUCAACAAGCUGCGGACUUGCCAUUGAAUGUUCAUCUGCCAAACUAAUAUGUAUAUAUGAUGUCACAAAUAAUCAGUUAAAGUGUAACUUUUUUUCUAGUAACUUAUGCUGCCUUUUUACAUUCUUUUUGUAAAUGUAACAUUUCUCUAGAUACCUAAAAUACAUGUCUGCAUUUAAGUACAAAAUAGUUGUUAUACAGAAGAAUAUGUGAAGUAUAUAUAAAUACAAGUGUCUGUGUGAAACCACCUAAACAUUGCAAAGCUUGUUGAGCCAUAAGUGGAAUCACGAAUCAUUGAUUGUGGUCACUGAGCAUCAGUGCACUUUACAAUGACCAUUAAUCAAGGAAACGCUGGAUAAAUUCUACUGUAAAUCCUGCCCUAUAGAGAUAAUUGUUAAUGUUAAACAAAAACAUUUGAAGUGCUUGUACCCAGCGUCUGGUGACCAAAUAGGCAGCAGCUUUUUUGCAAGUUGUUGUAAUAUAUAUAUAUAUAUAUGUUUUAUUUCACAAAGUGGAAAAGUUAGGCUUAUUAAUUUCCACAAGAAAGGAUUCCAAGUUAUUCAUGCAGUGCACUACCAGCAGCCAUGAUCUUCCAUAUUGCUGAAUGUAUCUGAUUCACUGGGAAAGAAAGGCAAUUCUUUCAUCUCUUUCGUACGGACACAAGAAAAUAUGAACAGGAAUAGGCAACCAAGCCACAAGCUUGCCCAGCCAUUCAUGAUAUGAUUAUGGUUUAUCUAUGUUGGCCUCAUCCUCUUCUGUGCCAGUUCCUCCUAACUCAAUUCCCUGACCUUUCAAACAUUUGCCUUUCUCCAUAUUAAACGUAUCAAAUAUCUGCCCUCCACCACCUUUGGGACAGAGAAUUCCAGAGAUUCAUUCCUCUCUAAGAGAAGAACCUCAGUGUUAAGUGACUAGCCCUAAAUGUUGUAGUUCUGUCCCUUGUUCAUGACUCUCCCACUAUUGGAAACAUCUCCACAUUUACCCUGUCAAGCCCUUAAAAUAAUAAAAUAUAAUUAUUUUAUAUAUUUGAAUAAAUGUAUUAUUUUUCUAAAUUUCAAGACAUACAGACCCAACCUGUCCAGGCCCUCGAUAGGACAACAUUGUGGGAAUUCACUCUGAAUUAUUUGAAAACAACAAUAUAAAAUAAAAUGUUAAUAUCAUCAUUGUUAGCAGUCUUGAACCAAUCAAACAGUUGUUGGGUUAUAGAACGGAGCAGCAACAAAAGUUUGCAUUUAAAAAAAAAUAAAGUCCAUUUGAAAUCCUCCCAAAUUAGUGGUCUAGUGUGCGAAAUAGUUGUUGCUACAGCCUUUUGUAAAGGGAUUGUAAGUAUGUUGUGAUGUGAACAAAUUUGCUGCUCUGUUUUUUAAGUUAUGUACUUUCAAUGAUAGGUGAGAAAAGUCAGAAGAAUUUUUUUACCAAACCUUGCUCCUUGUGGUCAAAAAGAAACCUGGAAGAGUAAAUGAAAAUUGUAUAAGCUUAGAAAUCCCUCUACAGUGCUUCCAGCUAGCCUCGGAGACUGUUUGCCAAUCCCUCAAAUAUCCAAUUUUGUCCCCACUUUGAUUCUGGAAGUUUGCUAAUGCACAAGACAUUAUAAUCUGUCCCCUCUUCCUGUGCUGUAUUUCUGGCUCUUAAUAUUUGUGAAAAUCAGAAACUUAUCAUUUCGGUUCAAUUGAUCAAUCCUCUCGUUAUUAUUUAAUGACUCCUUUGUUUUCAGUUCUUGAAGCUUCUUAAACAGUCUGUGCAGUGCAUGGGCAGAUUCCCUUGAGCAUUCACAUCAUAGAAAGAAUCGUGUGCGUGUUGUUCAUAGAGGAAAUUUAGGUGGACUCACUGCAGCCUGUGAUUCCUUCAACUCAAACAUCUGUGGCAUUGUGACUAUAUCCCAGUCAGUGGAAGGAAAAGUCUACCCUGCAGUGCGUUAGGUCAGUCAUUAGUUUUCUUGUCUUUCCUUUUACUUACCCGGAAAUCUUUGGUGCAGAAUGGCUGACCGAUCUGUGAACACAGAAAUCCAGGCCUGGCCAUUCAUCACUUGCUAGAAUUUAUGAUAUUGUGGCUAUCUUUCAUUAUUUAAUCAUCAGAGAAAAACUACUUUUCCUUGGGUACAAGAAAUCUAUAAAGAUAGAUGUUUCUACUCUCUUUGCACUGAUAUGACACAGUAGAUAGUUCACGUUCUAUAAAAGCUAUGCAGUGAAAUUCUUGGAAUUAAAUUUGAAAAGGUUAUCUAGUGAUGGCAAAAUCUUAACUUAUUUAUGCCCAUAUUUAAUUUAUAACUUUAAAAUAUAUUUUCGUCUUAUAUCUGAGAAUUUGGAGUAUAAAUUUGUUAUUCUAUAACAUAUACAGAUGGGGGAAAAAUAAUCAUUUUGAAGCCCCAUGAAAUAGCAGAUGCUUAAAUAUCGAGCAUAAAACAAACUGCUAUAGGAUCUUGGCAGGUCAGGCAGGAUCUGUGGAGGGAAAAGGAUUGGGACCUUUCUUGGGUCUUUCUUCAGACUGAGGAAAGGUCACGACCUGGCACGUUAUCUGUCCAUUUUCCUUCACUGAAGAACAACAUGUGACUGACUGAGUUCCUCCAGAAGUUUUCUACAUCUGUGUUUUCUCUGCCCAGGAUUCAAACCCAGUUUAUUCCCUUCUCUAAGGAGCAACCACACCAAUGGUCCAUGCCAGAAUCCUCCAAUGGAAACAAAUGGGCAAAGUCUCUAGUCGGCAGCUGUUUGGGUCAGUUUUGUCACAGGAAAAUCAUGGGUGAUCUUAUCAAUCUGAAUCCUGAAUAAACUCAACAUCGGAGCAUCCACAGUUCUCAAGUAAAGAAUCGCAGGGGCACAUGACCUUCUGAGUAAAGGAAUUUCUUCAAGCCUCGUUUCCAAGACUGAACCCAUUUCUUGAGACUGUACGUUAUGUUUCUAAACUCUCCAGUUAGAGAAAACUGCCUCAGAAUGCCAGCCGUGUCAAUGUUUCAGAAUCUUACGUGCUUCAAUCAGAUUACUUGCAUUUUCCCAAACACCAAUAAGAAGUGACCCAUGCUAUUAAAUCUCCUUUCAUAGAAAACUCUCUUAUCCCUGAAACUCUGCAAAUGAACCUCUGCAAGUGCUGCCUCGAAGGCAUGUAGAUCUUUUCUUAGUUAUGAAGAUCCAAACUACACACAAAUUUCCUGGUGUGAUUUAACCAAAGCUCUGCACAGAUACAUAAAGGCAUCCUUACUCUGCACUCUAAACCUUUUGAAAGAAAGACCAAGAUUCCACUUAUAUUCUCAAGUUCUUCCUUUACCUGCAUCCUGACUUUCCGUACUUGCAUUUCUGCUUAUCACCUACCAUGUGUUCCAUAUUUGUUCCAUCUCCCUCUUCCCCACCUGGUUCCACCUGUCUUUCACCCCCUCCCCAUCUCGUUUCACCUUCCACAAAGCAGCGUUUAUGGCAUCCCUCUCCCCCAAACUAUGACUGUUUACUGCUCCUCUGACUACUUUCCAGUUCCCUUUCAAUCUUGAUGCAGGAUCCUCAGCUGAAAUAUUUACAUACACCUUUUGUCUCCAUAGAUGCUAGUUGAUUCAAAGCAUCUUGUGCUAUACUAUUCUAUACUCUAUCUGUUUCUGUUUGAGACUCCAGCACCUGCAGUCUUGAUUAUAAAUCUUUAGAUUAAUAUCAGUAAAAUUCUGUAAAAUGCCAAAAUAAAUCCUCGAUUUGGUGCAUUGUCCUUAAGCUUUUUAGAUGGUUUAAAAUAUUUGGAAAACCUUCCGAACUCCAUUUUCCUUUCACUAUACAUAAAUAUGUAAUUUUCUAGUAAGGUAGACACAAAAUGCUGGAGUAAC